AUGUCAUUUGUUUCUCAACAAAAAAAUUCCUUUUUUGAUUUUAUUAUCAUUGAUAGAGGACUUCCCUACCUUUUAGUGUUGAUAUUAGUGUCUUCUACAAGUUCUUUCCAGAACAUCCUUCUACACUCAAUCACUGGCAUUGUUUCAAAAAAUAAUUUCUCAUAUUAUACACUACAAAAUAGAGGAUAUGUUUCUAUUAUAUUAAUAUCAGAAGAAGGUGACGCUGAUUUGUAUGUAUCACAGCCUCAUAUUUCACAUCAUCCUACUUUUGAUCCAGAUACAUAUUGCCUUCAAUCUACUACAUGUGGAAUUGAUAUUCUUCAUAUACCAAAAUGGUUUAAACGGCCUAUUUAUCUUGGUAUUUAUGGUCACCCGUCUUAUGAAAUUGCCAGCUAUACAUUAGAUAUAAUUCAAAAUUCAGACCCUGGUGAAGAAUUUAAUUUAAAUUUGUUUGAAUCUGAAGAAGGAAAUGAAACUCAAUCAAUAAAUAAUGAUGAAGACAAUGAUGACAUUAAUGAAAAAGCUGAACAUGUCAUAGAUUUCUUUGGCAUACCUCUACAAUCAAUUUGGAAUUUUAUUAGUAUCAUCAUACAAGUAUUAUUUUUAUGA